CGAGACACGCGCCCCGGCACAGUUUCCUUCCCGACGAGCCGCAAGGAUGUAGUCGAAACGACGUUCUGGGUCCUCUCGGCUGGACCCGGCGGAACCACCAACCGAGGUUUCGCCACCCGAGAACGCAACGAUCUGUUUACUUUCGUCUUCUCGCGUUCGCUUUUUACCCGUCUGUCAAUUCGAUCGGUAUCGUUGUUGGCGGAGUUUUAUGGUGAGAUGUUCGAAAUGUAACGAAACUCGUAAAAAAAAAAAAAAAACAUCAAGAGAGGAAGAACAACGUAAUCGAAAUCGACAUUAACGGACUAACAUCAAAGAAAACCGUAUUACUGUCGCGUUAUUAUUAUUGUUAUUAUUAUUACCGUUAUAUUAUUACAAUUCUCAUUAUUAUUCUCGUCUCGUUAUAUAUUGCAUUUAUUGUCCCUUGUACGCGUACGCGUGUGCUCGUAAUACAUCGCGAGUCUAAGCGAAAUCCGACGUUUUUAUUCGCGAUCUGAAGCUGGACCUGCACCGGCGGAGUCGGUGUUUUGCGGUGGAACAGGUAAGAGACUGACAGAAAAUGGUUGCGGAAAAAUACGAUAAGCUCGAGCCUGAGCUGAAAGAAGAAUUGAGAAGCAUCGCCCAGCAGAUUGUGGCACCUGGAAAAGGAAUCCUGGCUGCGGAUGAGUCGACCACAACUAUCGGCAAGCGUCUGAAGGACAUCAACGUUGAGAAUACCGAGGACAACCGUAGAGCUUACAGACAACUACUCUUCACCGCCGCUAAGGACACGAUCAGCCAGCACAUCUCUGGUGUCAUCCUGUUCCACGAGACUCUCUACCAGAAGGCCGAAGAUGGAACACCAUUCGUCGAACUGUUGAAGCAACGUGGCAUCUUGCCAGGUAUCAAGGUCGACAAGGGUGUGGUGCCAUUGUUCGGCACCGACGACGAAUGCACCACCCAGGGCCUCGACGAUCUACAGGCCCGUUGCAUCCAAUACAAGAAGGACGGAUGCCAAUUCGCGAAAUGGAGAUGCGUGUUGAAGAUCAAGAAGGACUGUCCGAGCAAGCUGGCCAUCUUGGAGAACGCUAACGUUCUAGCCCGUUACGCUUCCAUCUGUCAGAGCGCUAGGAUCGUGCCGAUCGUCGAGCCGGAGAUCUUGCCCGACGGUGAUCACGACAUUGUCCGUUGCGAACAAGUUACGGAAGAAGUUCUGGCCGCUGUGUACAAGGCACUUGCUGAUCAUCACGUAUACCUCGAGGGUACUCUUCUGAAACCGAACAUGGUAACACCAGGACAAAGCAGCCCGAAUAGGGCAAGUCCUCAGGAGAUCGCGGCCGCUACCGUGACCGCUUUGCUGCGCACCGUACCACCCGCAGUGCCUGGCAUCACCUUCCUCAGCGGUGGACAGUCGGAGGAAGAGGCAUCUGUCAACUUGGACGCCAUCAACAAGUUCCCCGCGAACAAACCUUGGGCACUGACAUUCAGCUACGGUCGUGCUCUUCAAGCCUCUGUCCUCCGCGCAUGGGGUGGCAAGAAGGAACAAAUUGCUGCCGGCCAGGAAGAACUUAUCAAGAGGGCUAAGGCAAAUAGUCUAGCCAGCCAAGGCAAUUACGCUGCUGGUAGCAUUGUUAGCAAAGCUGCAAGUGCCUCUCUCUACGUCAAAUCUCAUGCCUACUAAAUUCUUGCUUUUCUUUCUUUGAGACGGUUUCACAGCUAACAGUGAAUCGGCACUCGGCAAAUACGCUGGUGGCGUGACAGGAGCUGCUGGCGACGCAGCGCUUUUCGUCGCAAACCACGCGUACUAAACGAAUUAUUAGACAUUGAUAAGGAUUAGACAAUUAGGUCGUUCGUCGAACAUUGUCAACGUCGAUCACUGUUGCCGACAUGAGGGCAUCAUCGACGAUGAAGAUGGGAAGCGAACGAAGGAAAAAAAACUCACAAAGAAUGCCUCAAAAUGCUCGAAACACAAAACGAUCGUGCAGCUUCUGUUUCCAAUUUUACGUUUUACAUAAUUUAAGAAAAAAAAAAGAAAAAAGUUCAAACCUGCGAACGAAUUCGAAUUCAUUGAGUUUUACUUCGCGAUAAUUGGUACCACCAUAUAUCCAUGCGUGAUUUUAAAUCAAAAUAGAAUCUUGACGAUGCAUUUUAAUCUCACGGAAUAGACGGAAGCUGAGGAGAUUCGUUUUGUUUUUACGAUGAAAAUCAAACUCUCAGGAUCACGAUGUUGUCGACCAUGAUCGAUUCUCUUCGCCGAUUACCGUAUUUCUGAACGAACGAUCGCCUCUAUCGCCUCUUGCUUUUACUCUUUCCCUGUUCUAUCUCCUCUCACUCAGGACCUUCCACUCUUUUUUUUCCCACCCCUGUCCUUCAUCUACGUUCCUAUGUUCUCUCUAAGAUGCACAUGUGACACGAUGAAGAGUGUUUAACGCAUCUUUCAUCGCAGAAUUGUUCGUUAACCAAGAGAAAGAAGGAACUAGGGAUCUACGACAAUCGUCGAGAGAACGUGAUCGAUGCGUACAGAAGCGGGCCUAUCGUGUAAAAUUGAAGAAGAAAUAACGGAUAAAGAUCGUUUACUCGGAUCGUGAAUAGAUUUCGUGACGUUCGAACUACGCACGCGUUAUUAUGUUCUGUAAGAAUACGAGUAAAACAAAAGCAGAUAUAUUAUACAUAUAUAUUAUCAAUGUCGUUAUAAUAUUCUACGUGUAUAAAAAAAAAGAACAAAAAGAGAAAAAAUAAAAAAAAAUAAAAAUACAUAUUAAAUGUUGUUUGUUAGCAAAUGAGUCGAAUAUUAUGAAGUCGUAAUAUUAUGUCAUCUACUUAUACAAUAUGUAUAUCUUACAUAGAUAUUUAAGUAACGUAUUGAAAAGUAUCUCGUACAUCGAUGUUAUAUCUAAUAUUUUCAUUGUAAUCUAGGUCACCAAAUACACUGUGGAGGGUA